AGUGUCAUAGUUUGUGGUGCAGUAAUGGCAACACCAAAACAGUCAUAUGAGCAGCAACAACAACAAAAUGUGCAGCGAGUGAGGAACUCAGGGAUGAUUAACUCCAACCAGAGUCCAAUAGGGGAUGAUAAGGAAGAAGAGAUGUCAAGAUCAGCUCUUGCAAUGUUUCGAGCAAAGGAAGAAGAAAUUGAGAGGAAAAAAAUGGAGGUAAGGGAAAAGGUCCAUGCUUAUCUAGGUCGAGUGGAGGAGGAAACAAAGCGCUUGGCUGAGAUUAGAGAGGCAAGUUUAACAAUACAUACUUUUUUUUUUCCCUUUGAUGAGCUUGAGGGUCUCUCAGAUCCGUUGAGGAAGGAAGUUGCAGUAGUUCGAAAGAAGAUAGACAGUGUUAACAAAGAGUUAAAACCACUGGGCCAAACCUGCCAGAGAAAGGAAAGAGAAUACAAGGAAGCCCUUGAAGCUUUCAAUGAGAAAAACAAGGAAAAGGCUCAACUUGUUACUAAAUUAAUGGAGCUUGUGACUGAAAGUGAGAGAUUGAGGAUGAAGAAGCUGGAGGAGCUAAUCAAAAACGUAGAAACCCUGCAUUGAGAUGCUAAUAAAAGUAACCCCUUUGGAUUCAGUGUGCUAUAACUAGAAUACGUGUAUCGUUUUAUGUGGCAUAAUUUGUGAUUUUAUUGUAUUUUGC